AUGUCUCUGUCUCUAUCUUCGCUCCCACCAGAGCUCCUUCAUGAGAUCCUCUUAUGCUUGCCAAUCUCGAAUCUUCUCUCAUUUGCUUGUACAUCCAAAGAGAACUUCACCACUUCGACCCUGGCACUUCAGACACUCCAUUUAGCCGUUCUCCCUCGCCGGAUCUACGGUGUGCUGACAUUCCUCAACUCGUACCAUCUUGACGACAAUGAUGACGAUCCAGAUGCCUACGAUGGCACCCCUUCACUCCACCAGGUCAUCAUUCCAUCUGAGCUGCCCACCCAUUCCCUUCAAGGUUCCAAGAAAGCAGGAGCCCAGAUAUCACGAACAUCCAAUUUAACUCCAGUGCAAUAUCGAGAACAGCUGUUCGCGUUACAGAACAAGCUUGCAUGCUCGGUCCUUUCAACGUCUGCCCUUUGCAAAAUCCAAACUCUCAGCCUUCAUCUUUACGAAUUGACUUCUCCCGAACUGGCCACUGUUCUCGCAACAUCAUUCGACAGUCUGAGAAAUCUCCACCUCAAUUUCUCGCAUCCUUACAUCCACGACACUUGCCUGCCGGCACACUAUUGGACAUCGCCCGUUUUCUUGAAAGGUAGCCCAGUCUGGAACUCAUUGGCCGGCCUCGGCGAUCUACACGCUGCAACCCUGAAAUUGGGGACCUUGGAGACCCUGACCCUCGAGAGGGCUGGAAUCACGAGCGUGCAGUUGCGGAAAUGGAUAGCCCAGAAUCCUCGAUUGAAGCAAAUCACUCUCAGGAAUGUUCUAGGUGUGGACCAUGAUUUUGUCGAGUGGUUGGGAGAAUACUACUCGCCGAGGACUAAGAUUGGCCGUGAUGCCGUCCGAAGAACGAACGAGACUGAACCUCCAGCAAGACUGCAAAAGCUGGCCUUGGAGCACUGCUCGUCUCUGAUCCUCAAAUCCAAGGCCGAUUUCACCUGGUUGGAUUCUCUCUUCGACUUGGGCCCGAGUUCAGGUACAGGUACAAGUCGGAGGUAUGGAAAUGCAUCCUACAAAUCCUACUAUACUACCACGCCGGAAUGUCUGCAAAAUUUCUCCCUGCUAGGCUCCAAUUCCAACGCAGUCUUCACCAAUAACCUCCUCUCAUACCUGGAAGAAGGAAAACCGCGCGUCAAGCAGGUUACGCUCCCGGACGGACGGAUCCUCGUCGCUAAAAGCGGCCAACAACAACAACAACAACAAAUCCCGUCAAGGAAAUGUCCUCAUUCUCGCGGGACCGCGGCUCGAAAUGCAAGCACUCGAAGUCUCAACGAUGUUCAAGUCGAUGACGAUGCAACCGACAGCGACGAUAAAGAUGAUGAGCGCAUUGCGGCCCAGUCGUCAUCCUCAUAUGACCGAAACUUGCGCUCUGUGUCGUUUCUCAGCGAGAUGAAAACCCUUGCCGCGUGGAACGGGCAUUGGGGUGCGAACACUAGUGGCGGACGCUCCCCCGAGGGCCGGUCGGCACUCGCGCCUGGCGAUGCCACAAUCGAGGUUGAUGAACGCCAUAUCGCCGUGUUAUACUCGGCUCUUGAUAAUUCAAGGACGUUGCGGCCGACUGUCAGGCGGAUGAGGGCGUAA